AUGCGUUGUGUGGCAGCUAUAAGGAGUGACACUGAUAGGAUUAUUGACGACAAGGUGCCUCAGCUGAAUAUUGGUAUUUCCCCGGGCGGCUGGUUUGCUCAGCUGGAGGUCGCUGGCGAGGUGAUGAGUUGCACCGGCGAAGGGUUGAAUCCCUCCGGUCGCUGGCUACUUCCCAUCUUAGAGGCUACGAGGUAUCGCUCUUUGGCUAGCUAUAAGCGUGUACUUCUGCAAACGAUGGACACGACGUAG